CGGGGUCAGACCGCCAUCAGGGGGAACAACCAGUCUUUCUCUACACGAGUCCCUCAGAGUGCCUCAUCCGAUAAUCUGGCGUUCAAAGAGCUGCUGCAAAACCACGAGAAACUGCAGCAACAGUUGAAUGAGGAGUCGAGGAAGCACGAGGAGCAGAUGAGACACAACACCGUGGUGAUGAUGGAGAUGCAGGACACAAUCAACGAGUAACAGCGGGAGUUAACUGCCCUUGGUAAAGCCUCCAGUCGAUCAAGACCUCCGUCUGAAGGAGUGGGGCAACAGCAAACCCCAGAGUCAGCCAUUAUGUUUACAAGGCUGGACUCAAAGAGGAAUGCCAAAAUUAUGAAUCGAGCUGUCAACUACGAGAGAUUAGAUACAAACAAAUACAAGGAUGCAGUGACAACGAUGGAUGAAUACGUCAGUCUGCCGGCCAAAAGACUAGGUCACCUGGUCAGGAGGUAUGUCCAUCACAGCAGGAUGAAGGAUAUUGAAGAAAAUGUUAAGAAGAGCAAAAGUCUGGAUGAAAAUGUGUUUGAAAUGCUGGACAAAAUGGAGGCUCUACAGAACAAACGGGCUAAGCGCUGGGUGGACAAGAUGGACGACAUGGGCUCCGAGAGGAUGCGACUCGCUAACCUCCUGAUGGAAACUCUGGACUCCAUAGAACAGGAAUCUGGGAUAUUCCUCAUCAAACCCAUGUACUCUUACAGAGGGAGUCCUUUAGAUGCAGAUUACACCCAGCUGUUGGAGGAGAUAAAGGAGCGUUAUGCGGGGAAGCUUACCCGCCCCACACGACCCCACCACCAGACCGUGUCUCCGUCCCGGGAGAUGAGCUCCUUUGCCCCCGCCCCCACCCCCGCCUCUAACAUCCGAGGAAUCACCAGACAGCUACACCAGAAUUUGGACCCCCCUCAGCAGCCACUGUUCAGGAGGGAGAUUCUCCGCCCCCUGGAAGGAGAUGAGACCGGGCUGAUGGGAUCCUCCGCUCUGAAUUAUAACACCGCCGUACAACGACAGACAUGGAAUAUGAGUACAUCGCUUGUUAGGGGCGAUCCCUCUGAUCCAAUGAACUCCAUGAACACACCACGCAUCCUAGAGCUGGAUAUAAACAGGAUGCUGAUUGGUCAGAACACAAUCAGUACAAAGUAUGGAUCCCCGGGCCUGACGGACGACCGGCUAAUCAACGCCUCACAGAACAACCUCAGGUCUUAUGUCACCGUCAACCGACCCACCAACACAAAUAGGCCAAGGUCAUUCACAGGUUCUAAAGACGUGCCGACUACCACCCCAGUAUCUCGAGCCGUGACCAACAGUGCAGGAAACAAGCGAGUCCGACUCAGCGACUCUGAGAUGUCGACUCGGCGGUCCAUGUCCAACACUCCCCCUCUACCUCCAAUCUCUGGUCAGGACGUCACGGAGCAGGGACCAUUCAAAGAACCCCCUAGGAGCCCCCCUGGGUCAUCACUGAGAGGAUCCCCCACCCCCCAGCCGCACGUCAGAGAGAUGAUCUCUCCACUGAAGUAGAACAAUAAUUAGCAUCUCAUGAAUAAACAUUAAUGUAAAUCAGUUAGGGUGUGUGUUAAAAUAAAACAGGGCAUACCAUGUAAAAAAUAAUUUUUUUUAAUUAUAAAAAUUGUUUCAAUAUUUUUAAAUAAUAUUGUGUAUUUUUGUAAAAAAAAAUAAUUUGACUAAACAACAAACACAUGUGCAUUUAAUCUUUCAAUGUUUUUUUAUUAUUCACGCUCAUUUUAACCUCUUUUGGGUGUAUUCUUCGAUAGUGCAUUUUUUGAUAUUUUUUUUUCUUUUGAUAAGAUAUGCCUGAUAUAGUAGUAGUUGGGGAUUUUUACAACAUUUGGAUGUUGACCUUUGAGGUCAUUGGUCAAAGGUGAAAUUAGUUGGAUCUGUGUACAACAGUAUGAUGAUAUCCAGAGAAUGUUUGCAAGAUUGAUAUUUUCUUAGUGCUUUUUGUAUUAUUAUUAAGACGUCUUUAAGCGAAUUUUGAAGAAGAAAAAUGUUUUCUUUCUCUCGAAAAACAUUAGAACAAGCAUGUUUUCUUGUAUAUUAGAAGUUUGAUUUUGUUUGUUUUCGAAUUAUCAAAAAAAUAUUUGUUUUAAAAUCAGAGUCAAGAACAAUUUAGUUUUUUUUAUUUGUUGUGGAAGGUCACCAUAAACAUUGAGAGCAACUACAAAAAUGAAAGCAAUUUUAGUCAGGUUUAAUGAAAAAUACUUUUCUGAUAAAAAAUUAUACACUGUAUUUUAUUUUUUGAAGAAUUUGUUUUAUGCAGUCAGAUUCUUUUUUUUAAGUUUUUUUUAUAAUAGAUAUUAAUUGUUUAUCAUUUUUAUAAUUGUCUGAAAAAGUCCAGAAUCUGUGAUAUUUUUUGUUGCGUUUUACAUUUACCAAUUUAAAGACAACCAUCACUUCCUACAAGAAAAACUAAUGAUAUUUCAAAUACUGAUAGAUUAUUUUGUAAAACUUAGGCAAGUUUUAUCUCAAGCUACAAACAUUUUUGUUUGUUCUUUCUGUAAACAAAUAACUUGAAUGUAACGUUGAAUGUGUUUUCAGGCAACUCUAUUUAUUUCUGUUGUGAAGUGAUAUAAAAUAGAGAUGAAAUCUGUUUGCGAGUGUUAUAUUAUGCCUUGCCAUCAUGUCCUUAGUAUAAUUGAACUAAAUGCUUACUGUGAUAAAAUUGUCUUUUGAAUAAAACUAUCUUUUACUG